AUGAAUCGCCCAGAAGGAACAUCGCGACCCAUUGGAGGUGGAUUCCAAAUAAGACCCUGCUGUGGAUGCAUUUCUUUGAAAAGAGCUGUGGUGAUUAUAAGCCUUCUGCGGUUGGCUGGUGCUAUUUAUAAAGUCAUUACCGAUUUUUCAACUUAUAAUAAAAGUGACCAAGCCUCUAAAAAUUUUUGGGAAUAUGUUGGGCAUUGGAUUUUAGUGGAUGCAAUUCUCGAAAUUAUUGUAGCUCUCGGCUCACUUUAUGGAGUAAUUGUUGUGAUAACAAGAAGAAAAAUCAAACUCUUAAACUACUAUGUAAUAAUAGCAUGGAUUAUCUUAGCAAUUACGAUCGCAUUAGGAAUUGCCAGCAUAAUAGCGGUAGUCGCUCUAAAACAACACUUUCUCGAUUACUGCGAUAAUGGAGGAACAUACACGUUGGAUGAUUGCAACUCGGUUUAUAAUAUUCUACUUCCAUCUACGAUUAUUAGCGCGAUCAUUGGUAUUAUAGUCACGAAAUUCGCGUAUAUUAAAAGAAGCGACACAUGGGCAGCCGGCACAUCAAGCAAUUUAAAGAUUUUAUGA